AAAGUUUAGUGUUUGGAAGGUUUCUAAUUAAGCAUUGUUUUUUUGUUACAAUCAACUCAUUUGAAUUAAACUAUUGAUUCAUUCUCCAAUCAAAUCCCAAUUCCCAACCCUUAAUUUUGUUCUUAUUAAUCUUAGGGUUUUGCUACGCUUUCCCUUUCUCACUCAUAAUUCCCAAUUGUCUCUAAUUUUCCUUUCAAGUUUCUCCCUUUCACCUUCUCGCUUUGCUUUCUCCGCAUCACACUAUCAUUUCUGAAUUCAAUUUUCAUUUUCAUCAGAUCUUCGAGGUCUUGGCAAUUCAGUUGGUAGGACUUCCAUUUUGGAGAGUUAAUUUAAUGUCUGAGUCAGAUGCUCUGCCUCCUACUACCACCUUUGUUUCCGAUGUUCUACUGUGGAAGCAGUGGAAAGUUUCCUUCGGUGUCAUUGUUGUUGCUACGGUUGCUUGGAUCCUACUCGAGUGGACUGAUUUACCGUUCUUAACAAUUUGUUCAGAUGUGUUGCUGCUAUUGAUCGUAGUAUUGUUUCUGCAUGCUAACUAUGCUGCCCUUAGAAAUAAACAACCACCAAGAUUACCUGAGCUAGUUGUGUCAGAGGAGAUGGUUAACAAUGUAGCUGCUUCCUUUCGAGUCAAAAUUAAUAAUGUGCUCCUUAUAGCUCACCACAUCACUAUUGGCAAGGAUUUUAGAAUUUUUUUCAAGGUGGUGGUUUGCUUGUGGCUAUUGUCUGUCAUUGGCAGCAUCUUCUCCUUCUUCACACUUGCAUAUAUUGGAACCCUCAUGAUGAUUACUAUCCCUGCAUUGUACAGAAAAUAUGGAGCUUAUGUAGACAAGUGUUGCGGAGUUAUCCACCUCCAAUUUUCAAAACAUUAUAGAAUUGUAGAUGAGAAUGUUUUCAACAGACUGCCUCGUAAUAUAUCGAAAGACAAAGAGUCUUGAUUUUCAAGCUCUUUAAUUUAUGCUCCAUUUGUAAAUAUUGGUAACUGUUCGAUCAUAUUGAUAUGUUAUUUAGACUCCAUCCAGCACUUUGUGAGUGUAAUACAUGUAGAGGAAAAUUUUGUAGUUUAGAUGUUGCUUGAAUCCAAUUUAUGGCAGCUGUUUUCAUUUUCUGGGCA